AUGGUCUGCGGGAUCCACCUGACUGCCAGCCAGAUGUUCAUCGACCCUGGUCAUCUUCAGUAUUUAGAGGGAGAGGCUAUACUGUUCCUCAUGAAAGUUCCCGACAAUGCCACGGAAGUCAGCUGGCACCGUGGCUCCGAGCCCACGGCAGAAACUCUCAUCCUGAGCUACUUUCCUCUCAAACAAACCUGGCAUCAAGGUCCCAUGUUCAGUCACCGGGAAAAUAUGACUGAAGAAUUCCUGUUCAUCAGCAGGGCUGAACUGAAGGACACAGGAAAUUACACGGCCAAGGCGGUCAGCAAAAAUGGGGUCCAAACAGCAACGGCCCUGCUGCGGAUUGGAGAGAUCUAUCUCAAGCCAGUCCUCACACUCAACACCAGCUCUGCAGUGGAGUAUUUGGAUGCCGUUACUGCCAGCUGCAGCACCAAUACCACCCAAAUCAAGUGGUACUUGUCCGAUACACAGGUGGCCAGCAACGAUCAGAUGACACUGUCGUCAGACAACAAGACCCUCACCAUCCACUGGGUCAGCCGCUCUGACAGUGUGAUUGAGUGCAUGACCGUGAACUCCGCAGACAUGAUUCAGAAGACUUUUGCCGUACUGUCUGUGUCCUAUGGCCCUGACUCCAUAACCCUGAUGAGCAGCCCCUUCCACUUGGAUGGAGUCUUGAGAGCAGACCUGGGUUCGAGAGUGGAGAUGAACUGUUCUGCAUACCUCCCUCAGACACCCAACAAGUACAAGUACCACUGGACCCACUUCAACACCCUCCAGAACUUCUCAGGGACAAGCAUUACCCUCAAAAGUCUGACUGAGGCGCAACUGGGCCGGUACCGAUGUACCGUGGAGAAUCCUGCAACCCAGAUCAUCAUGUACCAAGACGUGUGGGUCCAGAAAUCCAUGUACAUUCCUGAUCCCAGUGAUGGUUUUCUCCUCGCCAAGCCCUUGGUGGUGCUGCUCAUUGUGCUGGCGGUCCUGGGUGGCAUCUCGCUCUGUGGAAUGCUGCUGUACACCCUGAUUGGCCCCUGCUCCAAGAGUGUAGACAGUGAGAAGGUUCAGAGUCAGCUCCACUUCUAG